AUGACACAUAGGAAAGAAGUAUUCCAGUCCAAGGUACUCCAAAAGCUUUACCCUGAAGCCACUAAAUUGGAAAAAGAAGCCUCUUCACCAUGCAUGCUAGUGGAUACAUUAGUAAAUAAAAAACAUGUGAAAAGAAAACCUCCCCAUCAGGAUAUUCCUCACUCACUGUCACCAAGAACAAUCAUUCAAAGUAAGCGAAUGUACACCGUUCUACCUCCUCCUGAAGACUACGAUGCACAUUCAGUGACAUAUGUCACACCAAACCAACUCGACGAACAUGGCAUACAGCAGUGCGAAGAGGAGCUGGACCAUGAUGUCGAAAUAAAUGAACAGAAAAGAAGAAGAAAAAGGAGGAAAAAGAGACUGAACCUCCAAGGACAGAAAGAUGAAAAAGCUCCAACAAUAGAGUCCACUAUUGUUCAGAAUGAGACGCUGAUGGAUGGAGUGCACAUUAGUCGGAACAAGAAAAGGAAACUGAAAAAGAAACGUCACAAAGAAAAGAUGCUCUCAUUGGGUUUGAUGCCUCGGGCUUCUGCCCUGGAGUUCACAUACCAAAAAGAAACCAGUGGGGAGGAAGAUGGGAUGAGAGCUGCUCAGUUGGCAGAAUUCCUCAGGACAACAAUGGAAGUUUAUAAAUCAGAUGCUUUAGUGCAUACAGAAAAGCUCCCUCAUCUGUCUGCUAUGCUGGAGAAUCUUGUGAGCAGCAUCACCAGUGGAAGCAGGCCAUCCUCUCUUUUGAAGCAUCUUCAUACUCUCCAGUUAUGUAUCCAAGGCAAAGACACAGACAGACUGGAAAAGGCACUGCAAGAACUCAGAAGCAACACCCUAAUGGCUGCAGAAGAAGCCACUGCAGUUGCAGGAUUGUUCCAAUAUUGGAUAACAGACAUUUUUCCCAUGAAGUGA